AUGAUUGCGGCAUUCAACGGGCGCACACGCAUCAUCGAGGCGCUGCUGAGAGAUCGCUCCACUGAUGUGCGCCAGACGAACAAGUACCUCACCACCGCCCUGCACUAUGCUGCACAGCGUGGUCAUGCGGCCACCAUCGAGAUGUUGGUGGAGGCCAAGGCGGAGGUGAACGCCCUGGACCGGCACAGCGACACCCCGCUGAGCUGGGCCUCGCGGAGCGGGCACCUGGACGCGGUCAAGAAGCUCAUCGAGUACGGCGCCGAUCCCUUGCUGGACAACAAUGCCAGCGAGGAUCCCAUCGAGCUGGCGAAAGCCGGCGGCCACGAAGAGGUGGCUGAGGUCAUGGAGGCAUCAGUGGAGGACAAGGAGCAGCUUGCGAUGUCCACCUGA